AGCGCAUGAAGGGCAGAGCAGAGAGGAUUCUUCCGCCUUUCUUUCCUCAGGUUCGUUCCUUCACGCGCCGCCCGGCAGGAAAAGAGGAGAAAGGAGGAGGAGGAGGGGAGGCCCCCGCACAGCUGCCGGAUUCGUUCGGUGAGCGAUCGCAACGUCCCCGUGCCCCCGUCGCAACAUUCUCUUCCCCCUCCCGGCAAAUUCCGACGCUCCACCCACGUCCAGCACCGGCCGGGAGGAUUCGUUCGGUGGCGCCUUUUCCCGGCCCCGAUUCCCUCCUCCCCCCCUCCCCGCCUUAAUUAACCACCACGCACAGCUUUCAUCCAUCGCACGUCUUCCCUCCCUGCAUCCACGUUCUUGGGCCGGCCGGCCGCCUACUCCCCGGCGCAGGCGGGCGGGGCAGAUAGAUAGAUUCGGGUGUUCUUCCUUCCCGCCGGGUAAGCGGCCGUGACUCUUCCUCUUGGUUUCCGAUUGGGAGGGGCAAGGGCAGCUCCUUUUGGAUUUGGAUACCGGUUGCGUCGCGCUGCGUGGCGUCAGGGGACGGACGAACCGGCGCCGAAUUCCGAGGGGCGCGUGAAUUCGGAGCAAUCCAGGGAUGCCAUAAGGAGAACCGGGGGAGCAAAUGUGGCGUCUCUUCAACGAGCUGUGGGACGUUUUAGGAUCCGGGUUUUUCUCGUCGAGGUUCCUAUAAGACCAAAGUCAUCAUCUUUAACUCGCCUCUCCCGUCGCAUCGAAUCCAUCGCAUAGGGGAAUCUGGUCGACAUGGACGACGAGGAUUACUCGUGGGUGCGGCGGACGAGGUUCUCCCACUCGGUCGUCCGCUCCAACUCCGGCAGGGAGCAGUUCGGCGCCUUCGUCGAGCAGUUCAACCGCGGCGCCGCGCUCAAGCAGAACAAGGGCUCCGACUCGGGCUUCAAGCUCCACGGCAUGAACUUCGAGCCCCGGGCCAGAGCCUCCGCCGCCGCCAACGCGACGGCGACUCCUCCCUCCAUUCCGAGGACAAGGUCGCUGAGUGCCCAACCCAAGACGGAGCUCAGCAGCAUGCAGACGCAUCACGAGAAGCCCACCGAUGAUGGUCACCCGUCGCGGCCACCACUGGCCAACAACUCCUCGAACGGAAUGAGGGGCGGCACCAACCUCUUCGUCGACGUCUGCUGCGAGCCCGAGGUUCAGGACCCGAGCGAGGGCGACAGCCCUGGGCCUCUCGAGUUCUCCUUCCACCACGACGAGCAGAGCACAAGGCUGCAAAGGGUGUGCUCCAGCCCUUCUCCUUUCCCGACCAAGAAAGCGCCGGUCAUCGACGCGCCGCCGCCGCAGCCGCCGCGCCGCAGCUCCUCGCUCAGGGUCAUAUCCGAGGCGCGCACGACGCAGAUGCUGAGGGCGAGGUCGCCUCUCCCAAGCCGUCCCGUGCCUGAGGUGUUCAAGGAGGCCAAGUCAGCCAGCAAGAGGUUCUCCACGCCGCCGCCGCCGCGCCGGAAAUCUUCGUCUCCGCCGCGCGCGCCGCCGGUGGACGCGCCACUGAAGGCGCCGGCCAAGGUGAAGCACCACAGGAAGGAGCACUGGGACAACGAAAGGGCCGCGGCGGCCGCAGAGAAGGUGCUCGAGGAUUGGACGGUGGACCGCAAGCAGCUCCUCAUCGGGCACAAGUUCGCGUCCGGGGCGCACAGCCGUCUGUUCCAUGGAAUCUACAAGGAGGCACCCGUUGCUGUCAAGCUCAUCAGACAGCCUGACGCUGAGCAAGACGGAGAGCUGGCAUCCCAGCUCGAGAAGCAGUUCAACACGGAGAUUGUCACAUUGUACCGCCUCCACCAUCGCAACGUCAUUAAGCUGAUUGGAGCAUGCAGAAGUAAGCCAGUCUUCUGCGUCAUCACCGAGUUCCUUUCUGGUGGUUCGUUGAGAGCAUUCUUGCACAAGCAAGAGCACAGAUCUCUGCCUUUGGACAAGAUCAUUUCAGUUGGCUUGGAUAUCGCACACGGCAUGGGGUACAUCCAUUCGCAAGGAAUCGUCCAUCGUGACGUCAAACCAGAGAACAUCAUAUUCGACAGGGAUUGCUGCGCCAAGAUUGUUGAUUUUGGAAUAGCCUGCGAAGAAGCCUACUGUGAUCCUCUGGCGAAUGAUCCUGGGACUUUCAGAUGGAUGGCUCCCGAGAUGAUGAAGCACAAACCCUAUGGUCGAAAGGUUGAUGUUUACAGCUUCGGGCUUAUCUUGUGGGAGAUGCUUACCGGCUCGGUGCCUUAUGAAGACUUGACUCCGUUCCAAGCAGCCUUCGCUGUUUUUGACAAGAAUGUGAGGCCGCCCAUUCCUGCUACCUGCCCGGCUGCAUUACGGGUUCUGAUCGAGCAAUGUUGGACCUUGCAAGCAGAUAAAAGGCCUGAAUUCUGGCAAAUAGUUCAAUUACUGGAGAAGUUCAAGAUGGUUCUUGAAAGAGAUGGAACGCUUGACAAUAUGCCAAGCUCCAACUGCCUGGAGAGUCAUGAUCACAAGAAAUGGCUAGCCCAUUGGAUCCAUAAGCUCAAGCAUCCCCAUCAUCAUCACGAUCUCUCUGGACCUCCACCACCAAAACUUCUGUAACUAACCAUCUCUCUUUCAAUCUGUUCUUGUCCAGGUAGUCCUCAGGAUGUAAAUGUCAAAAGUUUCUUUUGGUAUAGAUAACAAAAAGUCCGGUUUGCUUGCGUUUGUUGUUUCAAUAGCAUAGUGAGUAGUACUUGUCUUGCUUCGACUUGUUUUUUUUUUUCCUUUCGUGUUACCUGUGCCUAUGCAAAUUCUCUGAAAAUAUAUCCUGUUUAUGCGCUUGAA